AACACUCAUCUUCUUCAUCGACAACUUUCACAAAGCAAUUCUCCAUUUACAAACAAAACACAAAGCUAAGAGUUUCUGCAAUUAAGCAAAAAAAAAACAGAGAGAAAGAUGAGUUCAAGGAGCAAAUCGUGGUUAGUGGCAGCAACCAUUGGAGCUGUGGAGGCCUCCAAAGACCAAUUAGGUCUAUGCAGGUGGAACUACACGAUCCGGUCGGUGAAUCAACGUAUCCGAAACAAUGUGAGAUCCGCUACUCAGGCGAACAGGCUCUCUUCCUCGUCCACCACCGUCGUUGCUUCCGGUAAGGAUGGUGACAAGGCAAAGCAAGCUGAGGAGUCUCUCAGAACAGUCAUGUACUUGAGCUGUUGGGGUCCUAAUUGAUGAAGACAGAUCUAAGAUUUUUUAUUAUCUUUGCCAUAUAUAGAUUGGUUCGGAAAGCCUAAGAACCUUAUUAGACGCUAUGAGUCUUGGGGUUUUGAUUGAUUGCUUUGGGGAUGCAAUUAAUGACGGAUGCGAAUUGUACAGAAUGUAGAGAUGAAUAUAGAGGUUUAUGUUCAUGUUACUGGAAAUGACAGAAGCUUUAAGCUCGGUAA